AAAAAGGGUUAUAGAGGCUGCUUCACGCUGGCUCAUUCAGUUCCUUUGUGGUCCUCUUCUUCAGCACAUACCAAAGCAGUUCUUCACAACCUGUGGUACCAGAGCAUCUUGGGUGUGUGACAAUGGAAGAGUUGGAUGCCUUAUUGGAGGAACUGGAACACUCCACCCUCCAGGAGAGUGAUGAAUACUUCAACACAGCUUCUCCUUCCCCAGAUCAGCAUUCCAGAAAGGAGAAGAGCCUUGCUGACAUUUCAAUUCAAGACGACACAAGUUCCUUCCCGGUGCAGCUCGUGUAUACCACCAAGAUCCAGGAGCCCAAUGUCUACAGUGAGGUCCAAAACCCCAAGGAAUCACCACCGCCUCCUAAAACCUCAGCAGCCGCUCAGUUGGAUGAGCUCAUGGCCCGCCUGUGUGACAUGCAGACCAAGGUUACAGUGAAAGCAGAUGCCAGCAAGAAACACUUACCGCAUCAGCAGGAUCAGAAGGCCUCCCUGGACUCCAUGCUGGGAGGUUUGGAGCAGGAAUUGCAGGACCUUGGAAUUGCCACAGUGUCCAAGGGUCAUUGUGCUUCCUGCCAGAAACCCAUUGCUGGAAAGGUGAUCCAUGCUCUGGGGCAAGCGUGGCAUCCGGAGCAUUUCGUCUGUGCUCACUGCAGACAGGAGGUUGGCUCCAGUCCCUUCUUUGAGCGCAGUGGCUUGGCCUACUGCCCCAAGGAUUACCACCACCUUUUCUCUCCGCGGUGUGCUUACUGUGCCGCUCCCAUCCUGGAGAAAGUGCUGACGGCCAUGAACCAAACCUGGCACCCAGAGCACUUCUUCUGCGCUCACUGUGGAGAGGUGUUCGGUGCGGAAGGCUUUCAUGAGAAGGACCAGAAGCCAUAUUGCCGAAAGGAUUUCUUAGCCAUGUUCUCACCCAAGUGUGGUGGCUGCAACCGCCCGGUGUUGGAAAACUACCUUUCAGCCAUGGAUACUGUCUGGCACCCGGAGUGCUUUGUUUGUGGGGACUGCUUCAGCAGUUUUUCUACUGGCUCCUUCUUUGAACUGGACGGACGUCCCUUCUGCGAGCUCCAUUACCACCAGCGCCGGGGAACCCUCUGCCAUGGCUGUGGGCAGCCCAUCACCGGCCGCUGCAUCAGCGCCAUGGGCUACAAGUUCCACCCCGAGCACUUCGUGUGUGCUUUCUGCCUGACACAGCUGUCCAAGGGAAUCUUCAGGGAGCAGAACGACAAGACCUAUUGUCAGCCCUGCUUCAAUAAGCUCUUCCCACUGUAGUCUCACCUGAACCCACGCCCUCUUCAGAUUUACUAUAACGUGGAAACCCAGAGAGGAAAGGGUGUGUUUGAAGUUACUGACCUUCUGCUCAAUAGGCUUAUAGAGAAAGCCAAGGUGAUAAACUUCUAGAUGUUACAUGACCAGGCUUGUAGUCUUAAAUUUUGAUUUUUAGUCUUACUAUUUUUUUUUAAAUCAUGUACUUGAAUUUAGGUAAAGGAUCUGCUGUCUAGUGUCUCUAUAGAUGUAUUUUCCACAUGCACACAUUCAUUCCACCACUGGCUUACUUAGAUUUCUCCAUUUUCACCCCUAUGAUCACCCUAAGCUUAUCUUCUCUUUUUUGGCCCUCAAAACUGGCCAUUUCCCUGCGACUCAUUUUCCCACAAUCACUGCUGUGGGCUUUAUUCUUGAGGAAUCGUGAUACCCCUUUUAAGCUCCUGGCAUCUCCCAUCAGUGUAUUUCUUUUUUUCAAGAGAAAGUAGAUUAACUGGACAGCUCUGAGUACUGACAUCGUUGAUAAAUAGUUUGUGGUUUUAGUGACUCAGUGUUAUAUUAGUUUGGUAAAUAAACUUUCUGCUUCCCAUGGUAUUUACUGGAUACAACGUGCAAUUAAAUUUGUGUCAUACCUCUUGUUUACUCCCAUACAAUAGGCACUAUUGUUUAAAUCAAAAGAAAUUAAAAGGAGGGAUUCCUAGUCACUAACUUUUCUCUUAAUUUGGGCCCAUAACAUUCAUUAUAUUUCAUUUUUGCAUUUACAUGAUUGAUUGAAAGACAGCAAAGCUUCUUAAAAUUGUUUUAAUCACUUUGUUUACCUACGGAGAAAAGCAAUUUCCACUAGGCACUUGCAAAUUCGUAUUUGCAUAUGUAUGCACGUCUCCAAAUUCAUGAAGUUGUGUAUAUUACAUAUAUGCCAUUUUCUUGUAUAUCAAUUAUGUCUCAAUAAAGCUGUUUGAAAAAUGAAA